AUGCGAGUGAUGUUGAGGGCAGUAUGUAUCUCCAGCAAGAGGCACACAUUUGUGCUUCACUUCACACUUGUGUUAACUGCUGCUGCUGUCAUCAAUAACAGCAACAAUGGGUCUCAACCUCACAAGCUGAUCAUUGGCUUCCAGGCUCCCUGGAAUAUGUCCUUGCCCUUCAGUGCCCUGAGGUUGGGCUCAGCCAUGCAGAUAGCCGUGGAGAAGGUAAACACCAAUCCCUCUUUCCUGGGGAACUACAGUUUGGAUUUUGUGUACAUAGAUACAGACUGCAAUCCCAAAGUUUCCCUGGGAGGAUUCAUUCAGCAGGUGUGGAAAGAAAAUGUGUCUGCACUGUUUGGUCCAGCAUGUCCUGAAGAAGCCGAGGUCACUGGUCUUAUUGCAUCCACAUGGAACAUCCCCAUGUUCGGCUUUGUGGGACAAUCCUCCAAAAUGGACAACAACGAUAUCUAUGACUCCUACAUCAAAAUUGUGCCCCCUCUUAAAAGAAGCUCGGAGGUCUUGGUGAAGACCUUGGAGUUCUUCGGGUGGAAUCACAUAGCGAUGAUUGGAGGGGGAUUAGAGUCAAACACUUGGGACAAAGUUGACGCUUUGUGGAAAACCAUUGAGAUUCCGCUCAGAUCCAAAUUCAAACUGGCUACUGCGGUCAAGUUUGAUACCAGCAACCCUCAGCUUGUUCAUCGGAAUAUUAAAUACAUCGCAACAGUCAGCAGAGUGAUUGUGGUGCUAACGAACAAAGAGGACUCUAUGGCUCUGCUGCUGGAGGCUGAGAGACAGGGUCUGAUGAACGGCAAUUACGUGUUCUUCCUCGUGCAGCAUUUUGAGGUCAGUGGCAGUGUGGAUAACUUGUGGAAACACGCCCUGAACAGCAGGCUUAACCGAGAUGCCAUCAGAGCUUUUGACAUGGUCUUUAUCAUUGGCCAGAAAUCCUAUGAAGGCUAUGAGUAUUAUGACUUCUUUGAACAAGUUUUUGAAAGACUGAAAGGGCAGCCAUUCUGGAGCAACCUGACAUCUGAAAGAGAGGUUAGCCCAUACUCUGCCUAUCUGCAUGAUGCAGUGCUUCUUUAUGCGAUGGGACUGAAGGAAGUCCUCAAAGAUGGCAAAGACCCUCACAACGGUCGGCAGCUGCUACACAGACUAAAAAAUAGAAACAGCAUCAGAUUUUAUGGUGCGUCUGGACUAGUUCACUUUGACGAAGACGGGGAGCGGAAUCUGGACUAUUCCAUUUAUGACCUGCAGCAUGUAGGUGACGUCACAAAGUUUGUACCCAUCCUGCAUUUUGACAGUCACACCAAAGCUGUCCGGCCAACUUCUAUGUUUGCUUCUGUGGUCUGGCCAAAAGGAAGACCCCCUUCUGAUAAACCAGAAUGUGGUUUCAACAACGAGCUCUGUGAAUGGCUGAUUAAUGACAUCGCCUUGCUGGCUCUGCUCGUGACCUUCCCUGCCAUGGGUGUGCUAGCAGUUGCGUGCAUCGGGGUCCUCAUUCUGCAGAAGUUUCGACUCCAGACGAGGCUCGAUGACUCCUGCUGGUGGCUGAUCAACUACAGCGACAUCACCAUCAUCAGGGAGUGCUCAGGAGUUCAGGGUUUAUCUCCAAGCACCACAGCCAGUCAAACUGGGAGCGGCGGCUCUCAGUCCACUUUCUCCAACAACAGCUAUGGCCUGAAGGACAAGACAGGGAGGGAACACAUCUACACCACCAUUGGUCUCUACCAGGGAAAUCAAGUGGCCAUCAAGUACAUCAAGACCCACAUUAGCAGUAACAUCCAGAAGCCUUCAGUUAUCGCAGAAUUCAACGUGUUGAAAGAGAUGAAACAUGAGAACUUGGUGCAGUUUUUUGGUGUUUGCAUCGAGCCACCGAACGUCUGUUUGGUCUUGCAGUACUGCAGGAAAGGCAGUCUGAAGGAUGUUCUGAGGGCUUCAGAUGUUGAGCUGGAUGGGAUGUUUAAGAUCUCCUUUGCUUAUGACAUUGUCAAUGGAAUGGAAUUUAUUCACAAAAGUAACCUGAGGUUUCAUGGGAACCUGAAGCCCAGCACGUGUCUGGUGGAUAGCCGACUACAGAUAAAACUCUCCGGCUUCGGACUGUGGGAGUUUAAAUACGGGAGCAAAAACAAGAUAAUCCCACUGGAAAAUUCCAAUUAUAACGAAAUGUACUGGACAGCCCCUGAGCUUCUGAGGCAAGUCGGUGUCCCCGUCAAUGGAACCCCCAAAGGUGAUGUCUACAGCUUUGCCAUCAUCUUGUGGGAACUCAUGUACAACUCUAAGGGUGGCCCAUAUCAGGACAUCAACCUGGAACCCAAAGAGAUUAUCAUGCAGCUGCGGACACCUUUCCAGGGAGAACCCCUCCGACCAGUGCUGUGCGAGCAGCUGUGUGAUGAGAAUAUCAACUCACUGCUGAGGGCCUGCUGGAGUGAAAACCCUGACCACCGACCACCUUUUGGGUCUAUAAGGAGACAGAUGAGGGACACCAGCCCAGACAGUCAUGCAAAUAUACUGGAUAAUAUGGUGGAAAAGUUGGAGAAAUAUGCAAAUCAUUUGGAGGAGGUGGUGGAGGAGAGGACCAAUCAGCUCACAGCAGAGAAGACCCGUGCAGACAAGCUUCUCUCCAGCAUGUUACCAAGGUACAUUGCAGAUCAACUGAUGGCAGGGAAAGCAGUGGAGCCGCAAAGCUAUGACAUCGUGACCAUCUUCUUCUCUGACAUUGUGGGCUUCACCUCCAUGUGCUCUGUCAGCUCUGCGAUGGAGGUGGUGACGUUCCUCAACGACCUCUACAGCCUCUUCGAUGACAUCAUCAGGAUGUACGAUGUCUACAAAGUGGAAACAAUUGGUGAUGCAUACAUGGUAGCCAGCGGUGUACCUAUCAGCAAUGGCAAUCAGCACGCUUUCGAAAUAUCUACAAUGGCUUUGCACUUCUUAAGUUCCAUCAAGGUCUUCAGAAUCCGCCAUAUGCCCGCUGAGAGUCUUGCAAUUCGCAUUGGGAUACACUCUGGUCCAGUGGUUGCUGGAGUGGUAGGCACCACGAUGCCUCGCUACUGUCUGUUUGGUGACACGGUCAACAUGGCCUCCCGCAUGGAAAGUAACAGCUUACCCCUGAAGAUUCACCUGUCUCAGAGCACUGCUGACAUUCUUGUCCAGGCUGGAUUGUUCGAGCUGGAGGAAAGAGGGGAAAUCGCAAUGAAGGGUAAAGGGAGUCAUAAGACCUACUGGCUGCUGAGCAAACAGGGAUUUAAUCCUCCUGUUAUUGCUCACAACCCUCAGCCAGCUGACAGUGUCAAAGUACAAACAGAGAAACUAGGAAUGACCAGAGGUGCUGAGAAAAAGGCCCAUAAAACCCUGACCAAAGCUCACAUGACCGAUGGCAUGAUGACUUCAGUGCACAUUUAAAGUGGACAUUAAGAGCAUAUUUGGAUAAGUUAACAGGAAUAUCUGGUCUCACCAAAUGCAACACAAGUUUCAAGUCCCCCCCACUUGUGAAGAGGAGGACUGGAGACAAAAAGGUGGACUGAAGAAACUGAAGUGGGGCUGCAAACGCUGACCCCAUUAGAAGCAAAUGGAGUCUGGAUUACAACACAUCAAACACCACAUGAUUCUGACUGCUUCUAAUCACAAGAAAGCUUGAGAAUUGCAGAUGUUUUUAUGAAAGAUAAAGAGAAAUCAGAUUGAGGUUUAACAGGGCAGUAUGCAAUCAAAAUGUCAUUUAAAUCUAUUUAAAUAAACACGAUUUGUAUCACUGGAGUCGAAUGAA